AGAAGCCGGGUGGGCAGAGCAUAGAGAGCAGUUUGUGUAGUUAUGUGCUUAAACUACAAACAACCAAACAAAUUGGCCGAACCCUUCCUGCAUACGUUCGUGAAUUAUAUGUAUCUAUCAAUAAAAUUGUAUUAUAUUGUUAUUUAAAUUUAUCAAAUAAGCAAUGACCAUGCUUAACAAAGGCCGAAAAGCGAGACAUCUUGAUUAAAUUAUUACCGAAUAAUAGUUAUAUGAUAAUAAAGCGGAAUAAGAUUUAUACAGAUGUAGUAAGAUAGCUGUGUGUAGUUUCUGGGUGAUUUCGUUCCGUGUAACAGCAGCAUAGUGGUGUGCGCUAUCACACAAAUCAGUCUUGAAUUUGAUAAUUUCAACGUUGCAGUCUCGCGUUUCUUCGUUUUUACGAGGGCAUGCUAUGUAAAAUAAUGAUGGCUGGGAUUGUUUUAGGAAAAGAAAUUUUGUGCUUGAAAUCAAAUAGUUUAGUUUUCAGAUCCAAGUAUUUAUGUACGUUUCGAAGAUUAUAUCUAUUCAACAAAACAGAGAGCAGUAAUCUACGUCGUCAGGUUAGAAGUUUCUGUACUAGAAGGAUAGCAGUAAGGAAUCCAAUUUUUAGAACUGGUUUGUUUAAACAACAAGAACAGAAACCUAUAAUUGUUCGAGAAUGUUUUCACCCCGGAGCAUCUGGAAAGAUCCCCCUGAAGCUAGGAACUCCUACCAAAGAAAUAGGGGCUUGGUCAAUUCUCAAAGAAAUGUUUUGCUACUUAUGGCCAAAAGAUAAACCUGGAAUCAAGGGAAGAGUUGUUGUGGCUCUGGGACUACUAGUAGGAGCCAAGUUGCUGAGUGUGGAAGUACCCUUUAUUUUCAAGUAUGCUGUAGAUUUUCUGAACAGUCAUUCUGGCCAGACCCUAUCUCUUUCUGAUCCAACUGAUACAGUUAUUACCAUGUCCAUAGUACUUAUGUUGGGAUAUGGUGCUGCUCGAGCUGGAGCUGCUUUGUUUAAUGAGUUACGGAAUGCAGUAUUUGCCAAAGUAGCUCACAAUUCUAUUCGUCGUGUAGCCAGAAGAGUUUUUCUUCAUCUUCAUGACUUAGAUCUCAGUUUUCACCUCUCACGUCACACAGGAGCUUUAUCAAAAGUAAUAGAUAGAGGAACUAGGGGAAUCAACUUUGUGCUCUCAGCUCUGGUCUUCAAUGUGGUCCCAACAAUUUUUGAAGUGACUUUAGUCAGCAGCAUAUUGUAUUAUAAAUUUGGUGGGAAAUUUGCAUUGGUCACACUAGGAUGUAUUGGAACUUAUGCUGCAUUCACUUUUGCUGUCACAAGUUGGAGAACAAGAUUUAGAUUAGAGAUGAAUAAAGCUGAAACUCAGGCAGGAGCUAAAGCUGUAGAUUCUCUCAUCAACUAUGAAACAGUGAAAUAUUUUAACAAUGAAGAGUAUGAAGCAAAUCGAUAUGACUAUUACCUUACUAAGUAUGAACGUGCAUCUCUGAAAACAACGACAAGUCUUGCGCUGCUGAACUUUGGACAGAAUGCUAUCUUCAGUGGCUCUUUAGCCGCCAUCAUGAUCCUGGCCAGUCAAGGCAUUCUAACAGGUACUAUGACUAUUGGAGACCUGGUGAUGGUAAAUGGCUUGCUAUUUCAACUGUCAAUGCCACUUAACUUCCUGGGAUCUGUCUACAGAGAAGUUCGACAGUCUCUCAUAGAUAUGCAAACAAUGUUUGAGCUGAUGGCUCUCAAGCCAAAUAUUGAGACAAAACUUGAAGCUCCAAUCCUUCAGGUGACUCCAACACAGGCCACAGUUACUUUUGAAGAUGUAUGUUUUAAAUAUGUAAAAGGUCAAACCAUCUUGAAUAAUCUUAGCUUCACAGUUCCUACAGGAAAAAAGGUAGCUCUGGUUGGAGGAAGUGGAUCUGGGAAGUCAACUAUUAUUCGAUUGCUGUAUCGUUUCUUUAAUCCUGAUAAAGGCAGGAUUAUGAUUGCGGGUAAAGAUAUUAAGGAUGUUGAUCUUGUCAGUCUGAGAAAAGCUAUAGCUAUUGUUCCACAGGACACAGUACUCUUUCAUAAUACUAUACUACAUAAUCUCCACUAUGGGGAUUUAACCAAGAGCCUAGAUGAGGUAUACCAGGCAGCAAGACUUGCAGAACUUCAUGACACCAUCAUGAGGUGGCCUGACAAAUACGAAACACAAGUUGGAGAACGAGGAUUGAUGCUGUCUGGUGGGGAAAAACAGAGAGUUGCCAUAGCCAGAGCUGCAUUGAAGGACAGUCCUAUUUUAGUAUUCGAUGAAGCAACUUCUAAUUUAGAUGCCAUUACAGAAUAUAAAAUCAUGAAUGCCCUGAGGAGAGCAUCAAAAGGAAGAACCUCCAUUUUUAUUGCACAUCGCUUGUCAACGGUGGUUGAUGCUGAUGAUAUUAUCAUUCUUGAAGGAGGGCAGGUAGUUGAGCGUGGGACUCAUCACUCACUUCUUUCAAACCCUGACAGUUUAUAUACACAUCUUUGGUUUAAACAACAUGAGUCACCUGUUUUUCAGCCUGACAUUUUAGACUCUGAUAAUAAUAAUCAGAAAAUAAAUAAGCCAUCCUAACUACUAAAAA